CCCUUUUUUUGCGUAGUAUUUGUUGUUGUUCUGGCGAAAAUGGCUCGGAGGUCACGGAGAAAUGUGAUAAAUCGCGGAAAGAUUGAAGAAAUGUUGCGGGAACAAACAUACUGCAGACUGUGCGGUCGCCAGGAAAGCGAUGUAAAGAAUGAUCCAGCCACACUGACCUCGCUGGAUAGCAUAUUUGGUGGAAGACUCGGCGUGUCGAAAUCAAACCAUCUACCCACCACCGUCUGUGUGAGCUGCAGAAAAUGCGCCAGAAUCGUAGCACGGUUUUGGGAAAAGUGCUCUCAGGCUCAGCUACUUCUACGGACCAUUUUCAACAAGGAUACGGAUGAGCAAAAUUUACCGGCGGAAACAGAAGACGACAUUAUCGGCAGCGAAGCAGAACCGGCCUCGGAGUCUCCGGACACGGCGAUCGCAGAAGAAACCCUAGAAACGGAGUGCAUUUACCUGGAAAGCGGCAGUCCAACAAGCAGGCUCGAUAUUGUCGUCGACGAGAACGCAGAAAGCGAACUGGAAGAUGUAACCUAUUUUGUGCAUUUGGAAAAUUCUCCUGACGCUGAGGACCAUGGUAAAGAUGGAACAGAUGCUCUAAGUACUAUCAAUAUCGAGUUGGUCGAAAGCCACAGAAUCACCAGCGAAGAGCCGAAAAAGAAGCAAAAAGGCACGGCGGCGAAUCGGGGGAAAAAGGAGACACCCCCAUACCGUGUAUGUCAUCUCUGUGGAAGAACGUUUGAAACGAGUUCGAAGCUAAAGAACCACCUACAGACUCACUCAGAUGAACGACGAUUUGCUUGCGAUGUCUGUGGGAAGCAGUUCAAACUGCGACGUGAUCUUACAAUGCACGUGGAGUCUGCCCACGAAGGGAAAAUCUUCAAAUGCAGUCUCUGCGAGGUAGAGUUCCGGUGGCGCAAAGGGCUGCAACGCCACAUGAUGAGGCACAAAGGAACGGCCUUUAAACACCAAUGCCAGACGUGUGGUAAAAAGUUCAUCGCACCCAGUAACUUGCUGCAUCACCAGAUGAAACAUACCGGCGAUCGGUUACGGUGUGAAAUCUGCGGUGCAGGGUACAGAUUUAACUACAUGCUAACGCAGCACAAGAUACGAAAACACAAUAUGAGCUUUCCCGGGGUGAAACUGUACGAGAAGAAGGUCCCGAAACACAGAAAUACGAAGCGAAAAGCUUGCCCAACAGAAACUGCGGAAAGUGACGACAAUUCACUCAACCUGGAAAUCGUGGGUGAGGAUGAAGAUCCCCAACGGGACCAGUCGAGAUUGGUAGUAGAGUACAACGUAGAUAUAAUUGAAGAACCAGAGGCGUAACAUCGGAAUGGCUUCCGUGAUCCUUUGCUUUGUCCGGUAAAUACGUCUAAAUCGUUCCACAGGCCGGAACGUGCAUAAAGCACUGAAGUUAACACCUGUUGACUCAAUCGAAACCACGAGGAACGCGGAAAAAUCAUUGUGAUAGAUGUAAUAUUCAGAUUAGUUUAACCAUUUCCCAUGCUGGUUAAUUCAUUCGGACAGAGUACAAUAAACAGUAUACAUUUUUAGUGAA